AUGGGAAAUUCUGAUUUAAUCAUUCGGCAAGCCCAUGGUAAGUGGGAAACUCGAGACAUCAAAAUCAUCCCAUACAGUCAAUAUAUGGAAGAUCUCAACAAACGGUUCAAGUCCUCCAAGUUCAAGUAUAUCCCUCGAUUCCACAAUGAGUUAGCUGAUGCACUAGCUACUUUGGCCUACUCGAGUAAUGUUCAUAUUGACCCACUAGAAAUCCAAGUUCAAGAAAGGCAUGGUUAUUGUAACACAAUUGAAAUGGAGCGAGAUGUUCAACGAUGGUAUCAUAAUAUCAAAAGUUUUUUAAAAACAAAAGAAUAUCCCGAGCAGGCCGAUGGAGAUCAAAAAAGAAAUAUCAAAAGGCUUGCAAGCAAUUUCUUUUUUAGUGGAGAGGUCCUAUACAAAAGAACUCCAGAUCUGAAUCUUUUGAGGUGCGUAGAUUCUCGAAAAGCUGAAAAGAUCAUGAACAAAGUGCAUUCGGGAGUAUGCGGGCCUCAUAUGAACGGGUAUGUCCUUGCAAAGAAAAUCCUCUAG